GGUUCGCGGGGUGUGGGAUUCAUUCGCUUUGAUAAGAGGAUAGAGGCUGAGGAGGCCAUCAAGGGGCUGAAUGGACAGAAACCCUCUGGAGCUGCCGAGCCCAUCACUGUCAAGUUCGCCAACAACCCCAGCCAGAAGACCAGCCAAGCCCUGCUGUCCCAGCUGUACCAGUCCCCCAACCGCCGGUACCCAGGCCCCCUCCACCACCAGGCCCAGAGGUUCAGGUAAACACCUGGGGCUCACAACAAGGGUCAGAAGGUCGUGGUCAGGUUCAGCCAUUGGGCUAUUGGUUCAGAGAGAUGUUUUUACUGUAAUAUGUACUGUAAAGUUGAGUAUGGGAUUUUAAUGUCUAAUUGCAACGAUCAACCACCUUGUGAGUCAUCAAUCACCAAUGAGAUCUCUGAUUCUUGGUGCAUUCAACCAAGAACGCAUUUUUGUUCCAAAAGAGUGGGUUUCCUGCAGCUCCACCCAUAUCAGAGAAGAACUGUUCACAAGAGACAGUGGGGUUCUGUCGUUCACAAUGUCUCCAUCACAUCACCUCAUCAGAUCACCCUCCUUAUUCCAUAAUGAAACAAACUGUCAUCCCCUCUCACCAUCCAAGGUUAAUUUCCAAAUCAAAUAUACCCCAUGAUACUCACUGAUUCCAGACUGUAAUCCCAAUGAGAAUAUUUAAAUUAUGAUCUUAAUGAAAAAUGUAUUUUAGAUUGUGGCGCAUAUUACAGAAAGGUUAGACCAACAAAGUUAGGAGAUACAGAGCUAGCUCACUGCCUGUAAUACACAUAGGCCUCACCAUUACAACCAACAGCCCCAGGACUAAACCUAAUCCACAAACUCCGACAGAAAUGCAUCACAUAUCCUGUCAAUGUCGCCCAUUUGCCACCAUUAAAUAUAAUGCCUGUUUGUCUGGUCCUCCUCUAAGAAGCAAACAAAAAAAAUAGAAAAACAGUAGAUUUCAGUUAUUAGUGAUGCUCCACAUUACUAAUUACAGUAAUAAGUCAAUUAAGUUUAUUAUAUCUAAGGUAUGAGCAGGUUUUAAUUGAACAGAUUUUUUAAACGGACCUUUCCCAUUUACAUGCAUUGAGAGGCAUCACAAAGGCCCUAUUGUGUGCUGUGGGCUUGGAGAGGCUGUAUGAAAAGCUGGCAUCCAAGGUAGGUUGGUUUUUGCAGCAGCAGCCCAGCAGAUGUCUCCAGCACAGCCUCCUCAGAGCUUCCAGUCAAUUGACUCAUUUACCCACAAAGCAGAUUGCUCAGUCCCAGCCCACAUAAUGGUGUAAUUGCUGCCUUAAUGAGUCAACAUAUUUUUGUGCUUUGUUUAGAUUUUUUUUGUCAGGUUCACAGACUGCAUCUCUGCCCACUGAUGACCUGUAGCACAUUCAGUGUGUUUUGAAGUACUUUAGAAUGGCCCCAAGUUCCCAACCCUUCCAUUAGGCUGAAGGGCUUAAUAAGACAUGAGACAGUGCAGACCCAUGUGACACAUGAAGGUCAUUGAGUGGCCAAGCAGGCCGCAUCCAAAAAGCCUCUGAUUUAUGUGGCUGAGUGGCUUCCAUCCUUGGCCCACUGAGCACAGUGACUAUCUGUCUGCAUGACCAGCCUGGUUGUUCCUCCCAGCCAGCUAGCAGCACUGACUAAAGCCCAAAUCACACGGAGAGACGCCGUCAAUGGUGUCCAAAUUUGCACGCAAGAGUAGAGAGCGUCAAUUCACAUACACUGCAUAGCGUAUGCCAACUUAAUUGUCAUGAGAAUCCAUAAUAAACAGUUGUGUUUGUUAAGUUCGCUAUGUAGCCCUUGUGAAUUGUUGUUGUAUGUUCCUUUGACUCAACUUAUAUGUCCUACGGGAGCCACCGUACCUGCCUGCUCUAAACAGCUGUUAUGUUAGCUCACAAACGUUUGUGAGGACAGUUGUAGCUAAUACACCCAAGCAGUUUGUAAAGAAUGUAUCUAGUCUCGUUCUUUCUACUAACAGUAUUCUCUCUUGAAAUCGGAGUUCCUCGAGUUUCCCAGCCCUAGCCUGCCUAGUCUAUAUGCCUGUGAUCGAAAUCAACACAGGUAGGCAUAACAUUAUUGUUUUCAAAUAUGUAUUAUUGGCACUGGAAGUAUUAUUAUAAACACUAAAUAGAUGUAACAAUGCCUAUUUUCUGGCAAUUUAUCUGUUCAUUUUACCAGCAUGGCUUUGCGUAGCUGCGUAGACGCAAGAAAAAUAGACUUGCUUUCUAAAUUUGACGCGCUAUGAUGCUGUUGACGCCGUCUGUUUUCUCUCAUUCACUACCGUGCAUUCUAAUUCCAGCGUGUUCACGUGCGUAAAAAAACACUUUUCCGUUUGAUUUGGGCUUAACACACACCAUCCCAUUGGAAAUGUUAUACCCUUUCCACAUGAAAAGGUGUCAACAGAAAACAAAAUGUUUUGGUCAGUUACUGUUCAGGUAGUGUUUUUAGUUAUUUUUAAACCAUGCAACGUUAUACCUGUCAUCUUCCUCUCUUAAAACCGUUACCAUCUCUCACAAAAUGCCAAACCAUUACACUGACAGAACUCUGGAGAAGGGGACAUGUCUUCAUUUUUUUUAUUAUUAUUGUAGGCUUCUAUUUAGUACUAUAAUAUAAGUACAAUUUAUCUCACAACCUUCUUGAAAAUUACAAACAUAAUGCCAAAGUACCUGAGGGGCAAUUGGAAUAAUGAUGCCUCACAGUUUAUGAAUAAUGAAUAAUCAUUAUUUCAUUAUGCUGUCCAGACUCAGGAUCGACAUUGAAUUUAAUGAGAAAGACAAGAUUUCUAAAUUUUCUUUGACGUAAGUACUAUGGCUUAACUCCCAAUUAUAAAUCACUUAUCAAUUAUUUGACCUCAACACAACAGCAGAGAUGUACAACGGAACCUCUGAAAGCCACAUUCAGCAUAAGAAUGUGUAGAGAGUGAGAGUGCUCUCCAUAGGGCCUCAUGCUCUCAGUGUGCUGGCUGAUUGGGCGUCAAAGUGACCUCUUGUGAUAGCGCUGUACAGUACUGUUGCUAGCUAGCCUGCUGCUUUGUUACUGUGUGAAUGACACCAACCCUGACCGGUGUGGCUCCUCAGUGUAAUGGCCCAUCUCUGGAUGGCUUUCUUCUUUGAUUGAGGCAGGGAUGUAGCAUUAGUUCCAUUGAGUGAGUCGACCAUCUGCCUGGCAUUAACCCCAGAACCCUCCUUCUCUUUACAGGCUGGACAAUUUGCUUAAUAUGGCCUAUGGCGUAAAGAGGUAAUUAAAACUUCACUGAAUGCCAAAUGUCCAUGUUGACAAAAUGAUUUAUAUCUUGUUUUCUUCAUUUUUGGAAGUCACUUGCAUUUGAUUCAGUUCAAGGUUAUUCUGCGUUGAUUUGUUUGGUUUUCUUUAGGCUUGUUUAAUUUGAAUCCACCAACCACUAGUCCAAAAGGGGAAAAAAAUGGUAUUUUGUUUUCUAAUGUUCCAUUUGCUUUGUAUGAUGACUGCUGACUUUUACAUUUCGAUGCUUUGGAUAGUUUAUGUGUAUAUUUCUGUUCUCUUGUGUGUAGCUCUUGUUUUCAGGUGUGGUUUUCUACCAGAUUCAGGUACUCUAGUCUAACCUCUGUCCAGAUCUAUAUGUUACAUUGGGAUCAAGCUCAGUUUGGAAUCACCUCAUUUUAAAGCAGAUUUACUGUAUCAAACCACCCAAUUCAAUAGGACUUUGCCACCAUUUUUUGUAAUAAUACAUGUAUUACAAUAGGUUAUAACAACAGGCACAAGUAGUGAUGGGUGUUGGGGUUAAGGGGUCAGCGGUCAGUAGGGGGCGAGGCUGGAGACACCUGGAUCCCUGCAGGAAAUGCUGUUUCACUGAAGCCAGUUCGACUUUUGAUCACCUCCGUUUGCUCAUAUCUUUUGCUUUUGCUACUGUUGAUGUUACAUAAAGUGAAGCGGCUCUGAGACAUGAUAUCAGCUGAUUACAUUUUGUUGCAUGUUACAGUAAUCAGUGAGUUCCUUUGAUGUUCCCGCACUCGAAUGGAAAGGCUGUGAUCCCAGAUGUAGCAUGAAAAAAAGAAGUAUUUUCUUUUUUUCUAUUUUUAAAUGGAAUGAUUAAAUAGCUUGUUCUAUGAUGAGGGCCAAUCCCCUGAAUUCAUCGGUUUCCAUAAUAGUGAUUAGCAUUCAUUUCUGCUCGGCAGAAUCAGAGAGCGAAGGCUCUACUAUAACACAGUGACAGAAUGAUGCAUUGGAAAGAAUAACACCUAGCUCUCCCUCAAUGUCCCAGGCAACAACUCGUUUGUCUAGCAUUCCUCGGGCGACGCAGCACUAUUUGUACGGAAGGGAGAUGCAAAUGAUCUGACCAAGAAAAUUACCACAAAAAGAAGAGAAAACAUUUACUUAAAUAUAUUUACUAAUAUGCUGCAGUGCCUGUUGGUUCAACAACACAGCACCAAGGCAAAGACUAUUGAAUAUGUACAAACUGUCAAAGCAGUAGUGUUUGGAAUACAGAAAUCCAACAGGCCAUGCGUUUAGAAUAGCCUCUUGCCUGCUUAGCACAUGGUUUGAAGUGGUGAUUAAUGAACAAAGGCAGGCGUAGUAAUAGUAGUCAGUAUGCUUUAAAAGUGAGCAGUACAAGGUGGAGGUGGGAGCUAGUGGAGGGUGGGAUCGCUGCAGGUCAGCUAUGGAAGAACAACACACCACUGUAGUCUCUUCUGUGGCUCUGUUAGCCAGCCUGCAUGUCUCUGACCCUCACACACUCACACACACCUGCAUUUGCAUCCAUAUGACCAUGAAGAUGUUCUUUCUCCCAGACAGAGAAAUCAAAAUACAAUUGAACGUGUUAGAAAAGGCCUUGAAGUUACUAGAGGUUCCCUUUCAGUCUGUCACUCGGUAUAACAUACUAUUGGGAGUCAAAGACCAAUCAUAUUCACCUGAAGAAAACUGAAAUUACGGCCAACGGGCCAAUGGAUGCCGAGCCCACCCUCAGAAACCCUGCCUUCCUGGCUAUAAUACCAGGGCUCGCAUUCAUUUCCUCAAUUCUUCGCUCUUCAGCUCGCAUGUCACGCAAUUUACAAGCUUUUCAAGCACACAAAGACUACGAGAUUCGGCUCCGACUUAGGUGUCUGUUAGUGGGGAGAGAGUACUCAUCCCCCUAGAUGUUGCGAGUCUUGGGUCUUGGUAUUGGUUUUUGUGUUUGCUAAAAGCUAACUACUUUCUGCUCUGCUUGUGUAGCUAAUGCUUCCUUGCUUGGGUAGGAUUCGUGUUUGCUAAAAACCCACGAUUUUCUGCUCUGCUUGUGUAGUCAGUGCUUCCUUGCUUGAGUAAGAUGGCCAGUGGUAAGAGUAAGUUAAAAAAGGCUAACCUGAGUUUGAACCUCCGACCUUUCCCUAGGGCAUGUGGUUUCACAAUUAAAAUAAAAGACACUCACGAGUGCUGUCCUGUUUGCCUGGGGUGGAGACACGCUCAGGAGGCUUUGGCUCGGACCAGUUCAUGUGACUAUUGUCUCCGGCUGGGUUCAACUUCCAUUGGGGGUCGGGCUGACUUUGUGAGAAAAAUUGGGUUAAGCGACCUCAGGAAUGGGGUUGUCUGAGGCCAGGAAAGAGCAGCAGUGGUGGUCUGAGUUUAUUGGGGUGUCAUCCAAGCCGAGUGAGGCUCAUUCCUAUCUCUGGUUGGCUCUGGAGGGUUUUCAGAGUGUAAAUCGGAUGACAUCAGUCCGGGGCAGCCUAAAGCCCCGGCUUUGGAUUCGGCGGGGGAGAGUGAACCAUUGGUGGUUAAUGCGCCUUUGAUGUAGCUGUGUCGUAGAGUGGCAGAUCACCUGGCUGAGGGUGUGGCAGCCCGGUCUUUGAAUGUGGUCACAAUGCUGUGCAUCCUCCUUUUCGUGGCGUCAUUACGUCAAUGGUCCCCAAGGUCCUAGCGCCUGUCUUGAGAGAGGAGAUUUCUUCUCUCCUUCAAAAGCAGGCUAUUCUGGUGGUCCACGUGUCAGAAGUACAGAGUGGUUGGUACAGCCGGUACUUUUUAGUUCCCAAGAGUGAUGGAACAUUGCAUCCCAUCCUGGACUUGCGUGUUUUAAACAAACACCUCAAGGUUUGCAAGUUUAAAAUGCUCACACUUCGCAGUCGGUGCGUCCCUGCGAUUGGUUCACGUCCAUAUAUCUGAAGGAUGCGUAUUUUCAUGUGGCUAUACAUCCUCCAUUUCGAGGGUAUGGCCUAAGAGUUUCUGGUCCUGCCUUUCGGGCUCUCCCUAUCAUCUAAUAUAUAUAUAUAUAUAUAUAUAUAUAUAUAUAUAUAUACACGUACAUACAUACACACUUCCUGUCCCUCCAGGGGAUCAGAGUAUUGGCCUAUCUGGAUGAUUGGCUGGUCAUAGCGGAGUCAAGGGAAUAGGUGGAGCUCCACACUGCCACACUGGUUUCCCAUAUUCAGUCUGUGGGGUUCAUAGUGGAUCACAAGAAAAGUUUGCAUUCCGGCUCUGUCUGGCACAGUUUCAGCUGGGGCACUCGGUGCCUUUUCACUUGUGCCUGCGGUUAUUGGGUCUGAUGGCCUCUAUGAUAGCUGUGGUGCCUCUGGGACUUCUGUUGAUGCGUCUGUUUCAGCGCUGGGUGAUUGCUACGCGUCUGGACGCAUCUCGCCACAUCAGUUAUCAAGGUAUUCCUGUCGUGCCUAAGGACGUUGACUCCUUUGAGGUACCCGUGACUGCUGUUUGCAGGGGGUUCUCAUGGGCUGGGUAGUGUCCCGCAGGGUGAUCAUGACAGACGUAUCCUUACUGGGAUGGGGAGCUCUGUGUGUGGGCUACUUGGAAAGAGGGAUUUGGUCAACAGCGCAAAGGGCGCUGCAUAUCAAUUACCAAGAGCUACUGACUGUUUUGCUAGUGCUGAGGCAUUUCCUUCCGAUGUUGGAGGGGCAUCAUGUGUUGGUAAGGUUCGACAUCAGGAUGGCAGUGAUGUACAUCAGCAAGGCAGGGGGGACGCGGUCUCUCUCUCUCCUCGCCCGUUAUCUGCUCGUAUGGAGCAGUGCGCAUUUCCUGUCGCUCAGGGCAACGUAUCUUCCCGGAUCUCUCAACGUGGGUGUGGUUCUACUUUCCAGGGGGGGUUCUAUCUCUAUGGAGUGGAGACUGCACCCCUUGGUGGUUGCCCAGAUAUGGGACCGGUUCGGCAGGGCUGCCGUAGAUCUUUACGCAUCGCGAGAAAACGUGCAUUGUCGUCUAUUCUUCUCAAUGAGGGAUCUGGGUGCUCCGUUGGACCCUGCUCUAGCUGAGUUUCCUCCAGUAGACCUGAUUCAGGCCACCAUGGAGCGGGUCCGUCAGGAGGGUCUGUUGUUGAUUCUGGUGGCUCCCCAUUGGCCCAGACAACCCUGGUUCCCGGAGAUCAUCUGCCUGUUAGGCGGGGACCCGUGGAGGGUUCCGUGUUGUCGGGAUCUAUUGUCCCAGAUGCAUAGGAGAGUUUGGCACCUACGACCUUAGAUAUGGAAUCUGUGGGUUUGGCCUCUGAAAGGUUGAAUUUGACGGCUAGGGGUUUACACUCAAAUGUGAUUACGACUAAACAGUUGGCGCAUGCGCCCGCUACAACAACAAAAACAAUUCUAAAAGCUUUAACAAGAGCAAGGUAUUUUGUUUAAUUUGAAAACAGCAUAACAUUUUGUAAAAGCUGAAUAUUUCGGUCAUCAAUCCAUAUACAGUAAGUGGUGCGCAUUUGAGGGUUUGGUUUCAGUGUAAAAGAGUUUCUCCUUUUCAGAGCUCUUUGGUGGACAUUUUGAUGUUCCCGCAAGAGCUUUUUGAGCAGGGCAUUUCUUUUUCCACAUUGAAGGUUUAUAUGGUAGCCAUUUUGGCAUGUCCUGUAGGAAUUGAUGGCUCUACCCCGGGGUCUCAACCUCUGGUGGUGCGGUUCCUGAAAGGUGUGCGUCGGCUCAGACCAGUGUCUAAGCCUAUGGCACCGACCUGGGACCAGGCAUUGGGCUUUUUCAGAGGAAUGACGAUUGGUAAUGUCUGUGCUGCAGCGAGUUUGGGUUCCCCACAUAACUUUGUGAGGUUUUAUCGCUUGGAUGUAACAGUGUGGCUCAUAGUGUUCUUAUGGCUGGGUCUGGGAGUGGGCGCAGGUUGUGCAUUUAUCACAGUUACCUGUGGGUUUGAGCCUUGGGCUGCCGUGUUUCAUCGCAUCUGGUCGAUGCUAUGCAGCGCGCGUGUGCUCUUUACCAAGUCAAGACAGGUGUUCUGUUGUUUUGGACCGUUUCUUGUACGAGUUCUGACAUUUCAGGUUCGCAAGGUACGUAUUGUUCUUGGAAACAUGGGGUCUAUGGACUUGGGCUGCAGUGGUAGCGUGUCAGUGGGCAUAGCCAAGUUGCAGCAGGUUCUGUUUCCCUAUAUGGGGUCUGACAGUUCAGGCCUUAGGGGAAAAGGUGGCUUCUGUAACCCCUUUUUGGAGCUGGUGGAACCUGUCUGUGCUUGGGCUGCUGUGGGCCUCCUAGUUUGGUACCCUCUGAGCCGGCUUGGGGCGUGAUUUUAUGUCCCCAUAGUAUGUUAUACCAAGUGACCGACUGAAAAGGAGUGUACAGUUAUGAAUAUAACUACUGUUCCCUGAAGGAGGGAGUGAGGUAUAACAUAUUUUGGCCCAGGGGGUUUGGGCGUGGUUUCAGUUUUCAGGUGAGUAUGAUUGGUCGUUGACUGUCCAUAGUAUGUUAUACCUCGUUCCCGCCUUCAGGGAACAGUAGUUAUAUUCAUAACUGUACGUUUUAAGACCUCUAGUCAAGGGAAGACUUGCUGUUAAAAAUAUACAUUUUACACAGGGUGAUAGAGUGGCUGUAAUGAGACACAAACAAUAACCAAAAAGCAUAUUGUGUUGACAAAGAUGUUAAAGCUCAUGUAGUACUGAUUCUUGCCGAUACUUAGAGGCUCUGGGGUCUGAGCAAGACUAUUGAUCACUGUCAUCCUCAUCCACCCCAAAACAGAUGACUGCAGUGUUGGUGGAUGGAAUACACUUGUUCGUAAUGCUACUGGUACUGGGCUGUAAAGUGCUUCCAUUUUCCAUUUAGUUUGCUCCUUCCUUAAUAAGGGGGAGGCUUCUCUGACACAGCUGCAGUAAAGCGGAAAUCUCAAUUAAAGCAUACCCAAUAAUGCUUAUAGUCAUUCCUACAGAGGUGGCAUAAGAAAUGAACCUUUUAUCCAAUUUACCUUUUAUUUAAAGUGAUAAUUUCCUUUAAGCGGAAAGGCAAUAAGUGAAGUCAACUGAGCAUUCAAAUCUCUGUAUCGCAAAAAGGGAGAAGAUUACAGGACGAAUAAGAGCAGAUUUACUUGGUUGCAUACUCAAUAUCGAUGAAUUUCCAAAUGUUUUAAGUCAGCAAGUUCCUGCAAUUUAGUUCCCAAUAGAGGCACUCAGGAAGACAGAAGGAGAAAAGCUUCCCCUGUGCCUCCCUCCCUCGGAUGCUGCUGCUGGAGCCAUUUCCCAGCAGGCCCCCACAGAGCAGUCAGCCUUGAGAAGAAGCCGCUCAGUCAAUAUGGAGGAGCGAUAGAAGGGAGAUAGUCUAGCAGGAGGAUACAGUACACAGACAGACAUACCCAUAGUGCAUCGUGCACUGGAUAGCACUGGUAAUAAUCCAUGUUGGAUGGAUAGGAAUGCUAGAGCUGUUUGGUUGGUACUGUAUGUACUGAGGGCUGGUUGGAGCUAGUUAUAAAGACUUAAAACCAAUACAGUAGAUGCUUGGGAUUGCAGAGUUUGGUUUCACUUUGGGAACUUGAGUGUAUUGGGAAAUGGCUUGUCCUACAAGCUCAGAGCUUGUAAAUCCAUGCACACGCAGUAGGUUUCCAAUUUAUCUCAAUUUGACAUUUGUUUCACUUAACAUUGUGCUCUUUCUCUCCCUCCCUCUCUCUCUCCCUGUCUAUCUUGUGGUGCAGGUUUUCUCCCAUCACCAUUGACAGCAUGACUAGCCUGGUGGGCAUGAACAUCCCUGGCCACACAGGCACUGGCUGGUGCAUCUUUGUCUACAACCUGUCUCCAGACUCUGACGAGAGCGUCCUGUGGCAGCUGUUCGGGCCCUUCGGAGCAGUCAACAACGUCAAGGUCAUCCGCGACUUCAACACUAACAAGUGCAAGGGCUUCGGCUUCGUCACCAUGACGAACUACGACGAGGCAGCCAUGGCCAUCGCCAGUCUCAAUGGGUACCGGUUGGGCGACCGCGUCUUGCAAGUCUCGUUCAAGACCAACAAGACCCACAAGUCCUGA